UCAUCCUUCUGUAACAUAUGAUGAAGGUCAAAGAGGUUUGUAACCUUUGUUGUCUCCGUUUCUCUUGAAAAUAGCGAUUUUAUCGUGGUUAGUCCACCAAUUUAGGAAGUAUUAUGAAGUUAUACUAAAUAAAUUAAAAAAAAAAUUAAAACGAUGCUCAUGAACCAUGAAAUAGAGUUAGUAUACAUUAAUAAAAAUGAAGAAUGUGUUUAGAAAUUUUAAAAAUCACUAAAUAUCAUAGGUUUCAGAAUAUAGAGAAUUUACCGAAAAAUUAACCCAUAGAUUUUGAAAAAAAAUUCAAAAAUAUAAAAAUAUUAUUUUAAUGCAUUGUUUUAUCCUUCUGUAACAUAUAAUGAAGAUGAAAGAGGUUUGGAACAUUUGUUGUCUCUGUUUCUCUAGAGAAUAGCGAUUAUCGUGGUUAUUCCACCAAUUCAAGAAGUAUUAUGAAGUUUUACUAAAUUAAUUGACAAAAAAUUAAAACGAUGCUCAUGAACCAUGAAAUAGAGUUUAAUAUACAUUAAUAAAAAUGAAGAAUGUGUUUAGAAAUUUUAAAACAACACUAAAUAAUGUGGUUGCACAUAUGAAACAAUUAGAUAGUUGGAACCAUUAUUAUUUUUGUUAAUUAAUGUUAAAAAAACUGUCCGUUUGAAGACUGAUAUAAAUUGGCGGGAGACCACACAAAAUAAAAAACUAAGGGUUUAAAGUGGCCAUGAGCAUCGCCACCGUCUCAUCACCAUCCAAACUUCAUCAAAUCAAAACCCUAAUCUCCGUCGCAUCCUCCGUCAACCACCUGAAACAGAUCCACGCGUCUCUCAUCCACCACGAUCACCACCAUGACACUUACCUCGUUAACCUCCUCCUCAAGCGAACUCUCUUCUUCCGCGAGAACCACUACUCCUCCCUCCUCUUCUCCCACACACAGUUCCCAAACAUCUUCCUCUACAACACUCUCAUCAACGGCUUCGUCAACAACAACCUCUUCCGCGAAACGCUCGACCUCUUCCUCUCCGUCCGCAAACACGGCCUCUCUCUCUACGGUUUCACUUUCCCUUUCGUCCUCAAGGCGUGCAUUAGAUCCCAGAAUCUAACGCUCGGGAUUGAGCUCCAUCCUCUUGUUGUCAAAUGCGGGUUUAAUGGCGAUGCCGGCGCUAUGACGAGUUUGCUCUCUCUGUACUCUGGCUCCGGGCGGGUUGACGAUGCUCGUAAGAUGUUCGAUGAAAUGCCUGAGAGAACGAUUGUUUCUUGGACGGCUUUUUUUAGUGGGUGUAUUGCUUCAGGGAAGCAUGGGGAUGCGAUUGGUUUGUUUAAGAAGAUGGUGGAGAGUGGUGUGAGGCCGGAUAGCUACUCCGUUGUUCGGGUUUUAUCUGCUUGUGUUCAGGUAGGGGAUCUCGAUAGCGCGGAGUGGAUUGCUAAUCUAGUUGAAGAGACUGAGAUGCAGAAGAACUCAUAUGUGAACACUACACUGGUUAAUCUCUACGCGAAGCGUGGGAAGAUGGAGAAAGCUCGCUCUGUUUUCGACUCGAUGGGGGAGAAGGAUAUAGUUACUUGGAGCACUAUGAUACAAGGGUAUGCGUCGAAUAGUCUCCCGAAGGAAGGUGUAGAGUUGUUCCACCGGAUGAUGAGGGAAGAUCUGAAACCGGAUCAGUAUUCGAUCGUCGGGUUUCUUUCUUCUUGUGCAAGCUUAGGAGCGCUUGAUUUAGGCGAGUGGGGAAGUAAUUUGAUAGAUAGGGAUGAGUUUUUGACUAAUCUUGUUAUGGGCAAUGCGUUGAUCGACAUGUAUGCGAAAUGCGGGGAUAUGGCUCGAGGCUUUCAAGUGUUUAAAGAUAUGAAGGAGAAGGAUAGAGUUAUUAUGAACACUGCGAUUACUGGUCUGGCCAAGAAUGGCCAUGUCAAGAUGUCCUUUGCGGUUUUCGGACAAACAGAGAAGCUAGGUAUCUCACCUGAUGGGUACACAUUCCUUGGAUUGCUAUGUGGGUGUGUUCACGCAGGGCUAAUCCAAGACGGGCUUCGGAUUUUCAACUCCAUAAGCUCUGUUUACUCGUUGAAACGCACGGUUGAGCACUAUGGUUGCAUGGUAGAUCUUUGGGGCAGAGCAGGACAGUUAAGUGACGCGUACCGGUUGAUCUGCGAUAUGCCAAUGAAGCCAAACGCGAUAAUAUGGGGAGCGUUGCUAACCGGAUGCAGACUGGUCAAAGAAACUCGGUUAGCUGAACGUGUUCUGAAAGAACUCAUCGCUCUGGAGCCGUGGAAUGCAGGAAACUACGUUCAGUUAUCCAAUAUAUACUCGGUUAAUGGUAGAUGGGACGAAGCGGCUGAAGUGAGAGAGGAGAUGAACAAGAAAGGUAUGAAGAAGCUCCCUGGAUGGAGUUGGAUCGAAUUGGAAGGGACGGUGCACGAGUUUCUGGCUGAUGAUAAGUCUCAUCCUCUGAGCGAUAAGAUAUAUGCGAAGCUAGAGGAUUUGGGUAAUGAAAUGAGGCUUAUGGGUUUUGUGCCAACGACAGAAUGUGUUAUGUUCGACGUCGAAGAAGAAGAAAAGGAGACGGUGUUGGGGUAUCACAGCGAGAAGCUUGCGGUUGCGUUGGGGUUGAUCAGUACGGGUCAUGGCGAAGUGAUUCGAGUGGUGAAGAAUCUAAGAGUAUGCGGAGAUUGUCAUGAAGUGAUGAAGUUGAUAUCGAAGAUCACAAGAAGAGAGAUUGUUGUUAGAGAUAAUAAUAGGUUUCAUUGUUUUACAAACGGCACUUGUUCUUGCAAUGACUACUGGUGAGCUCACUUAUGUUAAACACGGGAUUAUUAUUGCAUUUCUCGUUUGGUAUGUUUUGUAAGUUUGACAUUUUUUGAAAAAUAGAGAAGACUAC